AUUUGUUUCUGUUGCUUGGGAAUCUCUAGCGACAGAUUCGAUCGAACAAGCGCUGGCGCCCGCCAAAAAUGGACCUCCGGCGCUUCACCCUGCUGGCGCUGUUCCACGUCUGGGCGGUGGCAUCCCAACGGAGACAGCCGCAGAUGAGCUAUUUACAGGUGCCCUCUGUCCCAGAGCCGCCGCCCCUACUGGCACCGCUGCUUCGCACAGCGGUGGCCGCAAAGCACGGACCCAGCGGGGCAUGUGAUGAAGCAUGUUUCGUGGCCUUGGUGGAGAAGGUGGUGCAUGAGGCCGCCCAGCUGGCCUGGGCCAGGCUGGAUGCCAACAGCGAUGGCCAACUGGACCUGGAGGAAUUGGGUUCCGUGACGCAAAAGUCAUGGACGGGCAAGAAGAAACGCAAGCGCUUCGUGGCCGGGGCAGAGUCGUGGCCCUUUCGGUAUAUCCUGGCGCAGCAGUUCUCCACGAUGGACUUGUCCCGCUCGGCGCGCCUCGCCGUGGCGGUGAUGCCCGAGCAUGUGGCGCGGUGGCUCCGCUCGGUGGCCUUCUUGGAUCAGCGGAAGGCUCUCUUCGACCAGGUGGCGGUUCUGAACGCGGAGGUGGCGGGUGAUGUGUCUGUGGGCGAUGAAGAUGGCGCCUUUGCGCUGGACGAUUGGCACCGCUGGCGUGGCUGA